UCGGAUUGAAUUGAUUAGUGAAUGCAUUGAUUGGAUGAGUGAUGCAAACCAUGGUUUGAGAUGUCAUUGAAUGAGACGAGUUUGGAGAAGAAGUUGGCGGUUGUGACCAAUUCUCAGGACAGCAUUCAAGGCCUCUCCCUUUGGAUCCUUCACCACAAGACUCACUACAAGAGGAUUAUUCACAUUUGGUUUAAUUGUUUCACUAAAGCCAAAUCGAGCCAUCGAUUGACACUAUUUUAUUUGGCCAAUGAUGUCAUACAACACGCAAAACGCAAAGGAGUUCCGCAAUUCGUGGACCACUUCGCCGAUUAUCUCAAGAAAGCGACGGCUCUUUGCAAAGAGGAUCAGAUCAGCGCAAACAUUGAGCGAGUGUUCAAUAUAUGGCUCGAGAGGAGUAUUUACAGCGAAGACCUGAUCGAAGAGUUGAGAGGAUUGCUGUCGGGAAAGAGUGUCCAUUUGGCCGCUGUGUCCAGAAUUGUGGCCGAAUUCAAACUCUCGGAACUGAUUGAGAGGAUGAAGAAGACGAAGAAAGCGGAACAGACGAGCGCUUCGAAGUUGGAGUGUUUGGUGAACUGCAAAGUGGACGCGACGUCCGGUGAAGUGCUCAACAAACUGAAGGACAAAACACAUGGCGAACAGUUCAGCCGCGACUUCGAUGACGCCACCAAAUGUCUGGAAGCGGUGAUCAAUUCGCUCGAGAAAGAGGUCCACACGAGAAGCGAUUUGAUUGAAAAUCUCGAAAAGAGUGAAAUCUUUUACGAGACACAGAAAGAAGAGGCGAAGACAGUGGUCGACGCCUACAAGAACUUCGGUCUCAGAGUUCGCAAUGUGUGGCGCAAACUGGAAGAGAGCCGGAGUUCGCUUCCCAGUCCUUUGCCAUCGCCUCCACGAGACGCCCCGUCGCCCACCAACUCAGACGACGGCCCGAAUUUGCCCCAAAUGGGAGUCUUUGCCACUGAUGUGAACCCUCUGAUCCGUGGCCUUGUGUUCCCCUCGGCUGCGAACCAAACCACCAGUUCUCUCGACCAAAGACUUUCAUCGCUAAUGCAUAAUAUGUCGCACGUGAAGGACUCGCAAGUGAGUGAUUCAAAUGAUCUUAAUAUCAACAAAAACAGUCAAUCCAUUCAAAUACCAGCCAUUAGUAGUAAUAAUGAUAACAAUAAUUAUGCGAAUAUUAAUAACAAUAAUAACCAUUGGAUGAACAAAAAUACAAUGAGUGACCAGAAUCUGAACGCGAAUUAUCAAAACGAAUCGCUAUAUUCAUCACAUCAGCCAAACCUAAACCACAGUCAAGCCAUGUAUGACUACAACUACUCUCAACCCAUGCAUGACAUCAAUCGACACCAAACCACUGGUGGAGACAUUCAACACAUACAGCCAUUGGUCUCCACUCGCGGCCAACAAAUUGGUCCCCAACUGUCAGCCUUACCACCGAUCGUGUCGUCAAAUAUGAUGUCAUUGUUUCACGACUACUCGUCGGUACAGCCGUCGGAGAACAUGGAACCGGCGGACAUGGAUUUGGGCAACUCUGACGACGAAGACCUCAGACCACAGCAAACCCAUAGAACUAUUAAAGUGAUUGACACCCGACGCAACUCAACCGAACCACAGUUACCCGAGUUUAAUAUGACUAAUAAUAACGACAGACUCUAUGCCAACAAUAAUCACAUGACGAACUCGAAUAGUGUCGGUGACAAUCGGGUGCCGCAGUAUAUGCCGUCGUUUCCAGCCCUCAAAUCGGUGGCCCGAAUGCCUGUCCGGCCGUCACUGAACAGUGUUGUGCAACAAACCCAUCCAUACCCUCCGCCCCACACAUCGCACCCAAACAUACAGACAUCUCAUUGGCGAACACCGCGAUCGGCAGUCGUGGCCGCACAGCACUCAUACUCUCCUAUGAACGCACCGCCGCCUCCUCUCAAUCGUAAUCAACACAAUUGGAGAUCACAUAAUAAUAACAACAAUAAUCGAAAUAAUCGUAAAGCAAGAUAUUGAGCGCAAAACUACAAACAUUUUUCACAAACUAUUCAAUCAUUUAGUUUUAGUUAUGAAUUAAGACAAAAAAUGUUUUGUUUAUUUGAGAAUUUCUUAUGAAAGUAAAUAUCUGUUAAUUUGUAUUUAAUAUUAUAAUUAUAGUAUUUUGUGUGUUUUUUUGUAAUUUAAUUUAAUUUAGUGUAAGACUGAAAGUAUUUGGUUAUUUAUAUUAAGGCAGAGUAACAGACACUUUCCCCUCCGUUUUAGUCAAUCCCUAUAUUCUGUAAUUGUCAUCAAAAAACAAAUUCAAACAUUUGUUAAGUUUUUAGUAGUUUUUAUAUUUU